AUGGCCUCCCCCAAGAUCACUCUCUACACCAACCGCGGCUGCCCUUGGGCUCACCGUGCCCACAUCGCUCUCAAGGAGCUUGGUCUGCAGUAUGAGGAGGUUACUAUUGACUUGAGCGUUCCGCGUGAGCCCUGGUAUCUCGAGGUCAACCCGCGUGGCCUGGUCCCCAGUCUCUCGUACGACGGCAACAUCAUCACCGAAUCCGGCAUCGUCGCGCAAUUCCUCGCCGACGCACACCCCUCUCACCUCCUCCCGGCCUCUGGCCCGGCAGACAACGCGCUGUACCGCGCACGCCUGGCCUUCUUCGUCGACGCAUUCUUCAGCAAGGUUGCCCCGCACUUUUUCGCUAGUAUCAGAUCCGCCUCUGAGGCAGACCGCGAUGCUGCCGCGGAGGCAUUGGUUGCCGGUGUCGUGAAGGAGGUUGAACCUCUUCUUGCUGAUACGGAGGGCAAGGGUCCUUUCUUCGGUGGUAGCGAUAAGCUCACUUUGGCUGAGGUUCUGUCUGGUUCUUUCUUGCUCCGCAUCCUCGGCUUCAGUAAGCCGGAGCAUGGUCUUGUCAGUGCCAAGCUGCCUGCGCUGCUAGAGCAGCAGGCUCCACGAUUCAAGCGCUGGGCUGAGGCUACUAUUGCGCAUGAGAGCGUUAACUUCAUUUGGGAGGAGAAGGCUGUCGCGGAUAAGAUGCGGGCCAAGUUUGCGCCUAAGCAGCAGUAG